AUGUUACAGAACGCGACUUGCACGUUGUCGAAUUUGUGUCGGGGAAAACCACGGCCUGAUUUUGAGAAGACAAAACUUGCCCUUCCUUACUUGGCUCGUCUUGUACAUUCAAACGAUAAAGAAGUUUUGACAGAUACUUGUUGGGCGCUUUCGUAUCUCUCUGAGGGUUCUCAUGACAAUAUCCAAGCUGUUAUCGAUGCAGGCGUUUGCCCUCGUCUUGUUGAGCUUCUCCUUUGCGGUAAUACCUCGAUUAUGUUUCUGGCAUUGCGUACAAUUGGUAACAUUGUCACUGGUGACUGUAUGCAGACUCAGGUUAUUGUUGACAUCCAUCAGGCCCUUCCUAGUAUCUUGAAGUUGUUGGCAUUGUAUCCUAAUAACAAGAGUAUAAAGAAAGAAGCCUGUUGGGCCAUCUCGAAUAUCACCGCAGGCAGCGAGGAGAAGAUUCAGGCCGUGAUUCGUGCUGGUUUUAUCGGUCCUCUUGCUCAGUUGUGUUGA